GCGGCGGCCCCGGGAUCGGGAUCGGCCCCGGGAUCGGGAUCGGCCCCGGGAUCGGGAUGGCGGGGCCGGGGCUGGAGCGGUACCGGCUGGCGCUGCUGGCGGCGCGGGAGGACGUGGGGAACCCCCGGGCUGGGACCGACUGGGCCGUCUUUGGCUAUGAGAAGCACCACGACCUCAAGCUCCUGGAUUCCGGAGCCGGGGGGGCGGAUGAGCUCGCUGGAAAAUUCUCUGUGGGCAGCGUCAUGUACGGGCUGUGCCGGGUCCCCGAUCCUGGCUCUGGCACCCCCAGGAUCGUCCUUAUCAGCUGGGUGGGGGAAAAAGUACCGGAAUCGCAGCGGGCGGCGUGUGCCGGGCACCUGCCGGCCAUCCGGAGCUUCUUCAGGGAGGCCACGGCCGUGAUCAGCGCCCGCCGCCCCGAGGAGGUGACGGCGGAGGGGCUGCGCCGAGUGCUGGCCCAGCUGGAGCCCCCCGCCCCUCGCCCUCCCAGGAGGACCCCCCAGGACACCCCGGAGCUGGUGGGAACCAACUACCGCAAGACCAACCCGGCACUGGAGCUGCAGCGCACCCAGCGCGAUUCCUUCUGGGAGCAGGCUGAGCGCGAGGAGCAGCAGCGGAAGGAGCAGGAGCGGCAGCGGGAGCGGGAGCAGCGGCGGCGCUGGGAGCGGGAGCGCAUGGAGGAGGAGCGGCUGCAGGCGGCCGAGCGGGAGCGGCGGCUGCAGGAGCGGGAGCGGCUCAUCGAGGAGCGGCGGCAGGAGCAGGCGCGGCUGGACGCGGAGGAGCGGAGGAAGGAGCAGGAGCGAUGGGAGCAGCAGCAGCGGGAGCAGGAGGCGGCCGAGCGGGAGCGCGGGGGUCGCACCGGGGUCAGCGGCACGGCGGCCGAAGCCGCCAUCCUGGUCUCCCAGCGCACCCAGAACCCCCGGGAAUUCUUCCGGCAGCGGGAGCGCUCGGGGUCCACGUCCACAUCCCCCCUGCCCGGCAGCACCCCCGGUGCCCGCCGGCCCUUCCUGCGGUACCAGCGCAGCCUGACGGAAUCCGCCUUCAUCUUCCGCCGGCCGGAGCCCCCCCAGACCCCCCCUCCCGCUGUUUCCAGGGGGGCACCGCCCCCCAGCCCCCGCCGGCCGCCGCCGCCUCUGCCCCCCGGCCCCGCGGGGACAGGGACACUCCAGUGUGCCACCACCGGGACCCCCGCCAGCCCCAUGGGGAGGGGCACCCCUCCCUCUGCCACUCAGGGGACGCCCCCCAGCCCAGCCCGAGCAGGGUCCCCCCAUGCCAGCAGUCCUGUGGGGACGGGGACCCCCCAGUGUGCCACCAGCGGCACCCCCGUCAGCCCUGUGGGGACAGGGACCCCACAAUGUGGCACCCUGGGGACCCCCUCCAGCCCGGCCCGAGCAGGGUCCCCCCAUGCCACCAGUCCUGUGGGGACGGGGACCCCCCAGUGUGCCACCACCGGGACUCCCCACAGCCCCUCGGGGACAGGGACCCCUCCCUCUGCCACCCCAGGGAGCCCCCCCAGCCCUGUGGUGACGGCCACCCCCCAGAGUGCCACCACUGGCACCCCCUCCAGCCCCAUGGGAACGGGGACCCCUCCCUCCGCCACCCUGGGGACCCCCAGUUUUGCCACCACCAGGUCAGGGUCCCCCCCUGCCAUGUCUGGGCCCCCUCCCAGCCCCCCCCGGAUGGGGGUCCCCCCUGUCCCCUCUGGGCCGGGGUCUUGUGAAAGCACUUAUGGGGUAGAGCCCCUCCCUCCUUCCAGCACUCCCGGCUUGGGGUCUCCCCCCAGCCCCCCCCGGGAUGAGGAGGGGCCCCACCCGGACACUCCCCCCCUCCCCAGCCCCCCAGCAUGGGAAUCUCUGGGGCCACUGCUUGAGGAUGUCCCCAGCCCGCGGGAGGGGUCCCCAAUACCCCCGGCCGGGCCCCCCCUGCACAGCCCCAGCCCCCCCCGCCCGCUGCAGGACCCCCAGGAUUUGGGGCGCAAUGGAAUCGGGGGGCACGAGUGGGGGGGGGGCUGGGAGGCCCCCUGGGAGCCGGGACCCCCCCACGGGCAGGGGGACGAGCCCAGCGAGAGCCUCGUCCUGCACAAAGCCACGCCAGGCUUUGCGCUGCUGCUGGCCCGGGACGCCCCCCACCCACCGCUUUUGGGGGGCCCCAGCCCCCCCACCGAGGACGAGGACCUCUCCCCCCAUGCUGUGUAGAGGGGGGGGGGACCUCUUUUGAGGGGGGGGGGUACCCCCUAUGGCACCACAGCACCCAGGAUGGACACCCCCCUCCCCCUCACCCCCCCAGCACAGCCUCCACCCCCCACUUGCACCCCAAAAGAGCAGCUUGGGGAGGGGGCAGCACCCCAAGACUCCCCCCCCGCUGGUGGCAGCACAAGAUGGGAGGGCACGGACCCCCCCCCCCAACCCGGGCAGAGGGACCCCCACGCCCCCGCCCCUCCCCAAAAUCACACCCAGCAGCUGUUAAAUAAAUUUUAAUGCAAAUUA